AUGGGCAUCGGCCGCAAUCGUCUCCACAAGGUCGAUUGUGGAAACCCGGACCUGAGAUUCGGGAAGCGGGAGUAUCGAAGCAAGGCCCUGACGUGGAGCGUGGACUCUUUCCUACAGAUUGCAUACGAUCGGAUCGCUGAGACUUUACCUGACAAGGAGCCAAACAACCAUACAGUGGAGAAAGCGCGAGAAUGGAGGAGGCUUGCCGUGGCAGUCGGUCAAACCUAUGGACACCGAUAUCAAAGGAGUGUUGACUACUUGUCAGGCCUGGCAGACAAUGCCUUUUGGGCCAACGCCGAACUCCCGGAGUUGUCUUGGCUCGCCCAGGAUAGGCACGCCCCUAACCCUGCGCAGCCACGGUACAUCAUGCACGAAGCCGUGCUGAAUGCACUAGCUGCCCUGCAAAGCCCUGUGCUCAAGAAGGCUGAGGAAAAGGCCACUGUGAAGCGGGAGGAUGGGAAAUCCAACGAAGAAUCACCUUCGGCAAAGCGGCUUUGUGGCAUCUAUGAGAAGAAGGAGAUGGUUCGCUUCAUGGUCCUGUUCAAGGAUGAGACCCAGCUCUCUCCCCCAGCAGAUGGCCUGGCAGUGAUCGAGGAUUGGAUGACCUGCUUCGAGUCCAUGCUGUUCGGAGGAGUGGAUUUGUCUCGCGAGCCCAUAGACGGCAACGUGACGAGAACAGGAUCCGUGGCUGUGGUGCUGCCGCCCCUUCUUUGUGGGUCCACUGGUGGCGGUUCCUUGAGGGCAGACUGGCGGUAUUGCCAAUCGCCAUUAUGGAUGAAGCAAUCCUUGGUGAACUUUCCAGAGGCAAUUGAGGAAAAGAACUUCAUUGUGCCAGGUGAAAUGAUGACGUCCAAUGAGGCCAGAAGAAACCUCAGUGAUGUUCAGGAAACAUCACAAUGGCUCGGGGGCAUCCAUGUCCCUCGUGAGGUGCUCGUUGCGCUCCAAGGCACAGAGAAGUUUGUGAAGCCAACGCUUGUGGUGCACCCCAGCGCCUACGAUGGAGCGCUUGAGCUUGCGGCUAUGCACAUGGGUUUUGGGAGCUUCUCCUAUUCCACACAGGAGGUCCACUUCAAGUGCAGCAAGGAGAUCGUGAAGAAUUCCUUGGUGGAGGCAUGGAAGCAGGGCAAAUCUCCCAUGGACAAAAUCACUCCGAAGUACCGGCGUGAUCCACCGCAGGAGGAGAUGCCUUCAUCUGUUGAUGCUCCCAACCUGGAAAUCUGUCAGUUAGCAGACGGCAAGCUACUCUUGCCGACUGAUGUGCGGCAGCACUUCCUCCAAUGCCCGAUAUGGGGCAACGACUGGCGCAAAGAGCUGCAGUCAUUUGAUGCAGCCUGGGGCACCAAUGCAGCCACCACACCCACUGUGGCUGAACCAGUGGCGAAGAAGGAGGAAGCAGCAGCGGGAUCAGCAGAUGGUCGAACCCAGUGCUUUUUCCCCAACGAGCCUGCAUCGAUUGACGCUGUGAAAGCCAAGUACGGCGAUGUCAUUGCAGAGGUUCCCAUUCCUGACGCUCCAAUUGUUUUGGUGGUGCUACCGGGAUCUAUCCUGUUUGCCCGUGCCACAGAGGCAACAACACUCAGGGCAGCGGAUGGGCCGAUCCUGUCGCAUGGGCCUGGGAGCUGGUUGAUUGGCGACAAAGCCACCAAAUACGACCAGCAAAAUGCAGGCAAGGGCCUCUUCUGUCGUUGGGAGAAUGACGAAGGCAUUGUCGUCCUUGAGGAGUGGGAUUUGGGGUUGAUGUUUUUCAUCGCCAAAGGUUUUUAG